GAUGGAACCAAGGUCUGCGCCACGUUCCCUUCCGUCACCGGCGAAGUCAAGUUCUACGACGCCAUCGUCGUCACGCAUGAACGUGAAGAGGAAGGGAGCGAAGUGUGUGGGUGCAGUUUCAAAGUCUUCUGGAAGCAAGGUCCUUGGGCUAACCAAGUGACUUCUGCAAAAGUUGGAGACAUUUGUCUUAGAGCAGAGGAUAACAGAAUGAAUCCUAUAGUAGUUUCGUUCUUGAAAGAAGCUAGAAGGAAGCUUACUGGAGAAGCAUGUCUCCAAGGGGAGGAGACAGAGUGGCAAAAGAUAUUGAAGAAG